UCUUGCAGCCAGCUGAUUUCCAAGCAUUGCCUUCCUCAAGAGACGACAUUGCAUAGCAGAAGAAAGCUGGGAAAAUGCUUCUUCCUCAUGAUUUUUCCCUUGUUGAUGCUUUCUGUAGGUUCCUCUCCAAAAGGAGAACUCAGGAAUCCAGGCAGCUGAAGAUUGCGGCGCUGCAGGCGAUGUCAAGGACAAAACCUGUGCAUCUGUGGAACGGUGCGGGGCAAGGAGGGAAACGUAAAGCCUCCGCAGAAGCUGAUGCCAGUGGCCUUCCUCUGAAGCGCAGCCACGUGGAAAGCCAGGAGUGUGGCACAGCACCCAAGAGAGCAGUGGCGAGCAGCUCGGAUGUGCCGGAGGACAUCACGGACAUCCAGGGUUUGCUCUCUUGGAUCAAUGACGUGGCAAGAGCUGCUGAGGUCCCCCAGGAGAACCCCAGCAGCCCUGCCCCCGGAUGUCUCAUCGCUGAGCUCCCUGACAACCCUGGGGACAGCAGAGAGCUCAGCACACAGGCUGCUACCGGGACGCCCACCGACCCCUUCUGGGGGCUUCCUCCAUCCCCCGGGCUCCUGUCUGAGCUGCAGUGCGGGCUGUCGGAGCUGCGCCCCGUCGUGCCACCAGCGAGCGCCCGGCUCAGCCCACGGCCGACCACCCUGGCCGUCAGCGCACCUCCCUCAGCGCAAAGCGCACAGCCCACCGAGGAGGUGCAGCAAAGGCAGCCCCAGGAGGCUCAGGCUCACUCGCCCCCGUCGCCAGGCUCUGUCCCCAGCCAGGUGGCAGAAAAGAAGAACAGGGGCAGCACCAAGCGGGGGGCCAAGCGCCCUGCGCCUGCCGGCACCCUGCAGAAAGGGGAGAGAUCCCAGCAGGAGCAGCCCACCAGCAGCGCUCCUGCCAAGAAAAGGAAGCUGCCGCCCCGCGGGGAAAGAGCAGAGAGGAAAGGCCGCAAACAGCCGUGCCAAGCAAAGCUGUCUGGGGCCGGUGCAGGAGCCAGCGAGCUGCGCAAUCACCUGCAGCAAUGCAUCCAGGCCGUGCACCCGCUGGGGCAGAGGGUGACUGCGGUGGGCCCGGUGCGCCAGCCACCCUCUGUGCAGCCCCAGCCCUCAGCCAGCGCUGGCCCUGCUGCCCUCCAGCCCCAAGACAGCCAUGCGCACAAGGCAGAACCAACAGCUCCAGGCAGCACGGUGCAGGAGGAGGGUGCUGCCAAGGAGGCGACGCCGAGCUGCCCGCGCCCGUCCCCGCAGAGGAGCUCGGCGCUGCAGAGGGACCCACCGCCACCACCACCACCACCAGCGCUGCACCAGCAGCAGCCUCAGCCCCGGCGCCCCGUGGACUUUGUGCCCUGCGUGGGGCCGCAGGCGGGUGGCGGUGUAAUACCGCUGGUGAUGGAGGAGUCGCUGCCCAUCACAGCGGAGCAGCGGCCCGAGCGGGAGCGCAUGAAGAACCUGGCCCAGGAAGAGCGGCAGCGGGCGGCCCAGCAGAUGAAGAUCGGCCCCGUGCAGUUCCUGGUGCAGCGGGAGAUAGACAUGGCCAUCGCCGACCAGUACGGCUACCCGUAACCCUGCGCUCCUCGCCGGCCCGCAGCACCAGGCAGCAGCGGCAGCGUUCCAGGGGCCCUGCCAGCGGCCCCAUCUCUCCCCUCCACAACCAAGCCGUCCUCCGAGUCAGCACAGCAGUGGGAUGGGACGUCUGGGAGCACAGCUGUGGUGGGACUGGAAUUUUAGCAUUACUGUUGUUUCUGUUUCUCCUUGUAAUCUAGGAUAGGUUAUUACAAGCUUUGCAUUCCAUUUGCUACGUCCCUCUGCCUGCAGUCAUUUGCGCCGUGUCACAGCCCCCAGCUCCCCAUGCCUGCCUCCGGAGCAGGACGGGCACCACGGAUGGCCCAUGGUGUCCCUCAGCUGCCACCAGCAGCCCCAGCCCUCCUCUCUCCCUGCAGUCCUUUGUGCAGCUGGAUGCAGAGGGUGUUUCACAGAGCUCCCUGCGCUGCCCAGUGCCGUGAAUUGCCGUGCGGAUGGGCAGCAGGCAGGGCAGAUGGAGGGGAAUGGCCCUGGCUCACUAUGGCCAGAAGAGACUCCAGCAGGGGC